CUUACAAGCUAUCACGUCGAUGUGAAUAUUUGCGUUAAAAAUAACGAUACAGAGAUGAGAUAUAUAGUACAAGAAGCUACAGGACUUGUUCACCUCGAAAACGAAAAUAUUUCACUGAAAAACGGCGAAGGCUUAAUUCAAGUAAAUCUCAGAACGGUAUCAUAUAACGAAGCGAUCAGCAGAAUUUUUACCCUGGAUCAAGAUCUCGUCUUCAACAUAACGGUAUCUUUGCGUUCGGCUAUCUUUGUUCAAAUUUCAAAUCACGAGAUUUUUUUGUCAUCGUUAAUGGAGGGAUCUAACAUUGUUACUGUGGGACUGUUUCAAACGAAAGCAAAUCCGUUUAGUCAGGUAAGGUCACUUGCUUAAACGAUUUUCUUUCAAGGUCGUUGAAAACUUCAUUGUUCAGACACACGUACAAAAUUACAUAUUAUGGAUUAUAUGCAUCUCAUUGUUAGCGUUACAAAACAGAGCAAAGGAAAGUUAAGUAUGCCACUUCUGUUCAAGUUCUUUUUGCAUUCCUGUGGCGAUGUUUUACUGAAUUUUUUUUUUCUUUAAAUUUUUAGCUGUUUGUGAACUGAUAAAUGUUUUCUACUAUAACUGAUUUGGCAUCUCCUCAGUUUUGCGCUUGCAACUAAAAAUGUAUAAUCUAAACAAAAGUAGACUGGCUUUUUCCACCUUGUGAGACAUAAAAAUUUAAGUUUUUUAACAAACAAAUAUGAGCCAGUUGUAUCGUAUCACCUGAACUCCAAAAGAAAUAUUGCAAAUUGUUAUCCGAAAAAUCAUUUAUUUCAGGGAAAUUCCAGAACAGGUGGAUAAUUAAGGUUUUGGCAUCUUUUCAGGGUCUUACUAAACAAAUAGUAAAUAUUACGUUUCCUCCGGUCAUGUCGUACGUAAAUACGAUUUUUGGCUAUUGGCUUCUUUAUAUAACUAGCAUUGUUUUCGAAAACGUCCUCAGCAAAAAUACCAGCCAUUUAACAGAAAAGAGACCAAAAGGGUACGUUUCUUACAUCUGAUAAGCCUGAAAUCACCCUAAGAAAUGAAAUGGAAAGUAAAAAUGGAGAGAUGGAGAAGGCCAAGGUUGAUAACACCCUCUUUGAUGUGCGUAAUUAUUAAUUCAGGUUAUACUAAAGCUAAAUCCAAUAACUGCUAUAAUUAUUAAAGCUUUAUUAUUUUAAAAUUAUACAUCAGGAACGUCCUGUUAGCUUUACAAGAAUAGCUUCUCCGUCAAUGAUUGACUACGCAAGUACUAUAAAAGACGUCAUGAAGAAAAUGGGAUGGCGCAUACUCAGCUUGGUAUUGUCCGCUGAUUACGAAGGAACUGUAUUCGCGGGCGAAAUGAUCAAGUAUAAAAGGAAAGAAAAAUGGAAUAUUUUGCACACAGUUUGGAUACCUAGGUGCUGGGGAAAUGGUACCGAACUCAAAUCCAUGUUAAAAGAAGUCCUUUCAAAUGAAAGUGACGUAGUGAUUGUCCACAUGCGGGAUUCCCGCAAUGAUGAGAUAUUCCAGUUGCUUGAAAUGCUGGGCGUCAAAAAUUCUCGACCCUCUUGGCUGCUGACGGACAUUACUACCUUUGGGGUAUCGAUAGUGAAUCUUCCUGCUGGAUCUGUGAAAAUAUCUCCAUGGACUACUCUUAACCGUGAUUAUAUGGUGCAUGCGCUGUGUGACGCUGUUAACCUGAUUGCAUUGUCGGCAGCAGCUGCAAUAGAGACGUCUGGUAACAACGAGAUAAUUAAUCACCAGUCGAUAAAAAAGGACUCUAAGGCCCUGCAGCGUGCUUUUAAGCAGUAAGUUUUAUGAUGUGUUCAGUUUUCUUCACACCUUGUAGAGUUUCCUUCACACGCUUCGGUUUCUUAUUCGCUCCAGAGCAGGGCGGAUAAAGGUUGGGCGGUGAAACGAGCGCUCCGCUCUUCAUUUAAUGUGUGAUGCGGAGUAGGACUGGCAUGAGCGCUCUUUCCGCGCUUCCGGUGCGCUUGAAGGCCGGCGAAAUUUUCCUUUUUGCAAACCGGAAAUCCUAUUUUCUUUCUGUAAUUUCAGGCUACAAUGUUAAACAGAUAAAUUCGUUUCAUAACAAUAUCAAUAAACAGUUUCAUAUGUUUGUGUCUGUACGUUUAUAAGUCAAACUUGUUGGUCGUAUAAUGCCAAAAUUUGAGUUUAAUUUCUAAGUGUUGAAUACCUCCUCCUUCCACUAAAUAUCACCUAAUCGUCUUUCGCCGUUUCGUUUGCAAAAGCUUAACACUUCUUAACCUCAAUUUUUACAUAUGUUAAAGGGGGAUAAAUUUUACAUAACAUAACAAAAAAUUAGAUUGAUAUAUAUUGAUAUAGUGGCGUUGUACUUCUUCAAACUUUGCUUCUCGGGUGCAACGCGCCAUGGCGAUUCGCGCAAUGCGUUGCAAAUCCGGCAAGCGCAUGUAAACAAAAUUUAUUGAGGUUAGUUGUAAGGUUUUUUCUCCGUUUUUCUCUCUAACACAAAACACGGUAAACAAUAAAAACUGAGGGGAAACUAAUUUUGGAGUUUCGAAGAAACAGAAAGACGUAUGAGAUGUUUUUUUCAAAAUUAAAAAGAAAGAUGAUGGUGAUUGAAAUUAGCAUAAUUUCACCUUGCACGAGCUGCACGCAUUUAUAAAAUACACGUCAUCUAGUUAUGAAACACGAUCUGCUGUCUUUUAGUUUUGCCAUGGAUGACAUGGAUGAGAUUUUCCUUCGUGUUUAAGACAGUAUUUAGUUGUUUUCGUUUUGGAAUAACAUCGACAUUGGCGAGUAGCAGAACGAAAAUAUAAUUCAGUGAUAGAGUUAUGGAAGUAAUAAAAGAAACCCUUUGAAAGAUAUGUUUGUCUACUCCAACCAAACCUCCCGCAAAAAAUAGCAACAUUUGGCUCUCGGAGACAGCGUACCAGUACAAAGGAACGAGGAAGAAGUGCAAGAAAACAAAUCAAGCCGCCAUAAUUCAGUGACAGCGGCAGUGUCUAAUGUGCAAACCACAUCAUAUCGCAAGUUUCGGAAGCCCUAACCGAAGUCGAAAACAAGCGACAUUUCUAAGCAGAGCCCCAGUCCACUGCAUCACACCUUUUUGCUUGGACGCGCUCGUUUCACCGCCCUACCUUUAUCCGCCCUGGUGUCACCGUUGUCACUGUUGUCACACCUUUUACUGUUGUCACCGUUGUCACUGUUGUCACUGUUGUCACCGUUGUCACCGUUGUCACCAUUGUCACUGUUGUCACUGUUGUCACAGUUGUCACCGUUGUCACUGUUACCACUGUUCUCACCGUUGUUACUGUUGUCACCAUUGUCACAGAUAUCACUUUUGUCACUGUUGUCACUGUUGUCACUGUUAUCACUGUUGUCACAGUUGUCACCGUUGUUACUGUUGUCACUGUUGUCACAGUUGUCACAGUUGUCACUGUUCUCACCAUUGUCACAGUUCUCACUAUUGUCACCGUUGUCACUGUUGUCAUCGUUGUCACUGUUGUCACCGUUGUCACUGUCGUCACCAUUGUCACAGUUCUCACUGUUGUCACUGUUGUCACCAUUGUCACAGUUGUCACCGUUGUCACUGUUCUCACAGUUGUCACAGUUGUCACUAUUGUCACUGUUGCCACCGUUGUCACUGUUGUCACUAAUGUCACAAGUGUUAACCCUGUCACUGAUGUCACUGUUGUCAAUGUUGUCACAGUUGUUACCGCUGUCACAGUUGUCACUAUUGUCACUAUUGUUACUUUUACUUUUACUUUUACUUUAUUAAUCCGCAAAGGCGGUAACCAUCGCGCGGAUAUAAAAUAAUAAUUCCAUACAAAAAAAAAAAAAAAAAAAAAAAAAAAAAAAAAAAAAAAAAAAGUUGUUUUUUUUUUUUUUCAGGAGAAAGAGGCAUACGAGAUCGGGAAGUGACGUGGGUUCCGACGUGUGCCCCUCCCACCCCCCCCCCCCUCAAAUUAAAAUCAACCGUGAAAAUGUACUUAUUUCAUUUCUGUAUUUUUAUUUUAUACUGUUCCCCCCCCCCCCCCCCCCCCCCCCAAAAAAAGUAGUUAUCUCAGAAUUAGAGUAGCUAAAAAUUGUUACUUCAAUUCCUCUAGGAUGACAAGAAACACCUUUUUCCAGGGAAAAACCUCCAUUUUCGAGAAUCUUACUAUGCGAAAAGGGCAUUUCGCCACGAUGGACAUUUCACAUCUAGAGCAAGAUCUCCAUGGUGUAAAACACUGGACCACUAUUGGUCUCAGCACGUAUUCAGAAAUCGCUAUAGCGCCCUUCAAGGCUCCAAAUGGACAAAUCCAGUUUCCACUCCUGGAACCUUAUAGGCCCAUUCUGCGAGUUCCUGUAGUUUUUAAUCCUCCCUGGGUAAUGGCCGCAGAGCGUAUAGAGACAUAUGACAAGGAACUAAAGUGUAUGGAAAGGGAACACAUCUGUUACAACAAAACCGCAUCAAGCAACAAAACCUUGUGCUGCUUCGGAUUCUCUAUAGAGUUAUUAAAAAUACUUCAGCGCGAACUGCAAUUUGUUCCGGAAAUUUACUUCGUUGCUGACGGAUUCUAUGGUAUCUUUGAUGAAAAGACAGGAAAGUGGAACGGAAUUGUCCGGGAAUUGGUUCUAGGUAUGGGGGAUCUGGCCCUUGGUUUGUCUUUGAGCGGAAAACGAGCCGAGUACAUCGAAUUUUCUUGGUCUUACUUACCCCUUGCUCUGAACGUAAUUGUGGAGAAAAAGGAUAUUGGACCAGGUGAGAUGAAGAAGACUUCGUUUUGUUUUCCUUGUUUACUGACACUUGAAUAAACUUUUUAGAGAACCUACCGGAAAUAGCCUGCGAGCAAGCUCUCCGAGGCGCUCUGAUCUCGCGGUGGGGCGGGAAAAAGAAGGAGAAUUUGCAACAACGUGUCUGCAAUAUGAAUUUCACCUCCAGUUCCCCUGUGGCUCUAAACAAACAUUGAAAAACACGUGCCAUGGGUAAUGAAGUCAUUACUAAUGCCAUCUCCGCCAAUCAGCAUUUCGCAUCGACUUUUUCGGUGCAGAUAUUCAAAUUCCAGAGACGUAGUUGCAAGCUCUCCUUCCUUUUCCCGCCCCGCCGGCUAAUCAGAGCGCCCCGGAGAACUUGCUCACAGGCUAACCAGAAAUUGAGGCUAUAACUGUGAUGAAACCAUUAAUCUCUUUAAUAUGAUGCUCUUUGAGUUGUACGUCUCCCAACAUGUCGCCCAGUGUAAGACCAUGUUAGGUAAUCCAAGACAGUCUUGGAUUCUAGAUUCUCCGCUGUGGAUUCCGAAUUCCUUAUCAGAGGAACUUGAAUCCAGAUUCCAAUCGUUUGCGGGAUUCCGGAUUUCUUUAGUUGAAUUCCGAUUCCAAAGGCCACGAUUCCGGAUUCCACAAGCAAAACCUUCCUCGAUUUCAGAUUUCACAAGCAAGAUUUGCCUGCAUUUCGAAAUUUUCAGGAAUCUGGACACGAUAGUAGGUAGGAGAUUAACUUAAUACUCAACUGGUGACUCAAACGCAACUAUAAAGGUACGCAUAGCAAAACGAGCACAACGCAAGUCACCUGUUCUAUGACAUCAUAACAUGUCACAGCAAAAAAAAAAAAAAAUUGAACGCAAGGCUGGCAAUACGGUAAAGGGCUGAUUUAUUUGAGGCCCAUAUUUCGGCAAAGAAAAUCAGUUUUGUUUUAAUCCCCACUUUAAGUGACGUCUGGCAUUAGCAUCUCUACGUUAGAGAUCCCGCAAGAAAGAACCGGUCGGUUUUAUUUACGCGUUGAGUGGACCUCUGCAUUCAAGGGUUUUUACUAUGUUACAGAAAGGCGCCACCCAAAGGAUAUAGCGUAAUUAACUUAUUGUAAAGCGCAUUUGAUCAUGCUCCAUGGAAAAUUGCGCGAUAUAAGUUUAGUUGAUUGUAAUUGUAAUUGUAAUUGCAUAGGAGGGGCCUCUCCCGUUUUCUAAAAUAAAAGGCCAGCGAAAGAGGAAGACCCAAAUUACAGCUUCCUCAACGAACAUUGCCUAACUUAUGUCAACUAUUAGUAACUGAUUAUGUCCAAUAUAUUUAAUUCAAGGUGUUCAUUGGUUUUCGUGGUUGAAGCCCUUCGAUUUCCGGCUAUGGUUAACUAUUGGGGGCACCAAUAUGCUCAUCUUGCUUGUUAUUUGGUGGCUUGAUAGAAAGAGUCCACGAGGACAUUAUCAUUUUUUCAAGGAGAGUGACGAAGAUGGUUUGACCUUGUUGGGUAGGUGCCAAUCAGUUAACCUUCAUUAAUUCAAAAUACGAUUUGCUGCUUACAAACCUAAAUGUUUAGCUAAUGGGGUUGCAUCGCCAUUCCAUAUUGAACGAAAACGAUCAAAGUGGUCGUCAAAAGGUUAAGUGCCAGAUGGUAUACCUCCAAGCAAGAUUUUGCAUGAUUGUUUGGUAAUAUAUUUCUCUUUUUGCUAGAUUCCAUGAGCUAUGUAUGGGGUGUGGCCUUUGGCAAAGAGAUAGGAGCGGACAAAACGCCUCGCAGCUUAAGUGCGAGAUUGGUGUCAUCCGUGUUUGCAUUCGUGGUAUUGAUUCUUGCCAACUCUUAUUCUGCGAACUUGAUGGCUUUCUUAGUACAGGACAACUUUUUGCUACCUAUUGAAGGUAUAAAAGACCCAAAGGUAUGCAGUUUAUUUAGUUAACAUCUUGGAUUUGUUAGUCACCAGGGCCGGGUUGUUCAAAGCUGGGUUAAGAUAACCCAGGGUUAGUGCAAAAUUUGAAUUCAGAUGUGAAAGCUUCAAAAGUAAAUUUAGUUUCGUUCUUUUUGUCAACAAGUUGAUGAUCGCAUGCUCUUACAAAAAAACCGAGACAAUUAUCUAAGAAAAGGCUUUUGAACUAAAGAAAAAGAAACCCGGGUUAAACUUAACCCUGGGGUAAGCGCUAAUCGGCCUUCGAACAACUGGGCCCAGGUACUUUGAAAGACAUCUUUAGUAGCCUGUUCCAGGCGGUCAGAUAGUGGGAGCAACGUGAAGACAAUUUGAGCAGGAAAAAGACAUUGAAUGGGGGGCGGAGAGUAGGUAGAGAAGGAACGUAAGUCCCUUCUCGCCCCUCUCCUCUUCCCUUGUUUCCUCCGCUUCCCAUUUCGUUCCACCCUCCACUAUUUGAGUACCUGCAACAGGCUACAUUUUUAGGGUAACUGGCCUUGUAUCCAAUUUUGUUCCAGGACGUUCCUCCCAGAUUCCAUGGGAAAAGUCUGGAGACGUUUGCUCUGCACUAGCUGAUCUUCCCAAACUCUGAUAUUCAUGGUCUUAACUGAAAAUUAAUUGUUUCUGUAAUUGAGGUUGUAAAUCGGAUCCUUGUUCCCUUUUGAACUUAUCCUCCUCGCUCAGUCGUAAAAGAUAGGCUGCCCUUGCCUAGUCCCUGUAGGGCGUUUUCCCAGGCCUUCUCGGUCAAUUCACUUCGGUGAAGUAUCCGAGGCGAACUCACUUCCUCUCUCGGACCACAUCCGAAACGAAUUGGCUGCGCAAAAUAAUGAGGCCUGGGGACUAGGCAAAGGCUGCCCCCCUCGUCUCCUAAUUUGGUAGUGUCUGGAUAUUAUCUGAAUAUCUUCUUCUUGUAAAGGUGUAGUUAAUACCUCCAACGCUUUGGGCUGGCUGAAAUCAGAGAUUAGUUAAGGUAAAAAUUGACUGUCAGAAAAAAUGUAGCCUGAACUCGAGACAUCAAGCCAAAAUACGGUAGGAAGGCUGAAAUUUGGCCCUAAAAUGUUUCAUUAUUUUUAGGCAGUAGUCCGGCUUUUUCUUCUUUGCAUAUAUGCUGAAAUCUUCUGUCAUUUUCUCCAGUUCUACCAAAACACAUGAGCUACCGUAACUUCUGCUGUCCUUGUUUCUUUUGAUAGACUAUCUCUACAAAUGACGUCAAUUGUACUGAUAUAAGUAGUACAGGGAGCACCCGUUACUCCGUGUUUUUUGGGGUGAAUCUCGUUGACUUAUGGGGGAAUAUAUUGACGCCGAUGACGUCAUAACCUUUAGUCUUUAUCUUAUGAAUAAAGUGUAGAGGAAUUUCAUAACAUUAUUUUCUAACCUUGACCGGUUUAACCUGCUUAUCAUGUUCUAGUUUUAUUUAACUGGGACGACAGAUUUUCUAGUAAUUUUUAGGUCGAUGGAUGUCUUGGCUUUUAUAAUGUCAUGACGCCAUCAACGUUAAUGUCCUCCUCUACAAGUUAAUAAGAUUCCCGCACAAAACAAAGGAGUAACCGGUGUGCCCUAGACUACUGAUAUUGGCAAACGCCUUUCAAAUUUGGUCAAAGGUUGCUGGUUGAGAAGAACUAACCGGGAGAUAUAUAAUGUUGUACGUUAAUUGCCUUUCAGCUAAGGGACCCUUCUCUUCAUCCGCCAAAUGGAUUCCAAAUUGGUAUUCUGCAAGGUUCCUUUACUGAAAUGUAUUUUAGGAUUAACAUUCACCACGAAUUUCGCCAACUUUAUAACAACAGCCUAAAAGUAAAAACAUUUGAUGAAGGGAUAGACAAACUUAACAAAGGGUAAGUUAGUCUCUUUACAGUAUCAAGCAAUCAGCUAAUUUGGUACCCAUAUGCCCAAGGGAAAGAGAGUGUUAUGAGGAAAUUUAGGACCAAAUAGUUGCAUAGUAGAAUAAAAGGAUUCGGCUCUGAUCAACUGAGACAGCACAAUAAGGAGCUUAAGCAACGAGGUCGGCGACGGCCACGAAAACGCCACUUAAAAAGUGAAUUCGCUUUAUCGCGCUUAUUUCAUCUCGUUUAAUUCGUCAGAUGUGGUCAAAUUUUGGAAUUGAAUUCUGACGGACUGUAUCAAAGUUUAGGAAAAGAAAAAAAGAAAAAAGAUGUUGCCUUGUGUUCCCGUCCUCGACAAAAGGUGAAAUUAGGUACUUUCACGUACGUUGUAGUCGCGAAGCGACGGCAAGAAAUGUACAAAAAAGCGUGAUGCACGUACAAUGUUGUUGUUUUGCUAAUCUAAGCCUAAUGCUUUUUUGCCGUUCUCGUAGCCGUCGCAGUCGUCGUUGCUUAAGCUCCCUAAUAACUGACGGGCGCGUCUCCAGUAACGAUCCCAGAAGCAAUUGCGGGACGCAUUUCGGUUCCAUUGUUUCUACAUUGGUGGAUUUCUACUUUCACGCCGCUCUACAAACUAGAAAGAAAUGCUGAUCUGCUGGUAGGGUAGCCCCUUUACGUGGGCUGUUAUAUGCUUGAGUUUAAAAUAUGAGUAGACUCCCCGCCGACUAUAGGACCUUGUGGAAACGCAAGUUCAACACAUUUUUUUACUAAGCACUGAACUGCACUUAAGAAGUUGUAGCAACUAGCCUUACUUAGGGGUUAGGGGAGGGGAGAGAAAGAGAAUGUCUCUGUCCCCCCUAUUGCCCUUCUCCCCCCCCCCCCCCCCCCCCCCCCACCGCGCAAAAGGCCUUUGGGAAACGCAAGUUUAAACCAUUUUUUUACUAAGCACUGAACGGACCUUAAAAAGUUGUAGCAACUCGCCUUACUUAGGGGUUAGGGGAGGGGAGAAAAAAAGAAUGCCUCUGUACCCCCUUUUGCCCUUCCCCCCCCCCCCCCCCUCACUCAGAAACGUUUGACACUCAGACUAGCUAGCAACUAAUAGUAAGCCGAUUUGACUUCCACCUGGCAGUGAAAUUCAAGGAUUGGUCGGGGAUUACUUGUCUUUGCAUGAAGUCGCCCACACCAUUCCAGGCUGCAGAUACAGCCCAGCUGGUCCCGACUUUUACACUCAUGGUGUGGCAUUUUCCGUCCCAAAAGGUUCUCCCUGGCUUGAGGACGUCAACCGAGUUGUCACUGGGAUGAAAACUAACGGAAGUUUUCAGAGGAUUGAAAAAGUGUAUUUUGAUAAGAAAAAAUGCUCUAGCUCUGCCGCCAAAAACCUGAGUAUCCUCAACUUAUCUGGACUUUUCCUGACGGUAGCUGUAGCUGUAGCGGUUUGCUUUUCAGCAUUGUUUGUGGAAGUGAUCAUCAUUUUCAUUUUGGCACGAAAUGGUCAGUACCUAGGACAUGUUGGAAAAGUAUGCGUGCGUUUUUUAUUUAACCUGAGAAAAGGCGAAGAACACCUGAUAACUUUGAGUAAUUCUACAAUAAUGCAAAAACGGAGCUGUGUCAGGGUGGAGUGUAUAGAA